UAUUUGUCAAGUUCUUCCAAAGCAUUUACUUUAAAGUAAAUGAAAGUAUCUUACGUUGUGCUUUUCAGUAAUAUUUAAUAAGUUCCAGUAAUAAUCCUGAAUGCAUGGAAAUUGAUAGACUAUUUUUAUAUCGCGGUUUUUCGAAUGUGUCAUAUACUAUUGUCUGCCCAGACUAAACAAAGCGCGGAAGUACAAAAAAGUUGUGCGUAGAAUUAGAGGAUUUAUAUGUUAAUUUGUUCAUAAUCAUAAGCGUUGAUAAAUGUCUGAGCGGAUUACUUACGAUUCGAUAGACAAAUAUACAAGCUUAAUGGACAGUCACGUUGCAGAAUCUCGCACGGAUAACUUGGGUUUGGUCACGGGUCGAAAGAGAUAUUCAUGUAUUUGUAACGAAGAGGGAGAAGAUGAUAUUCUUGAGGUCCAUAUUCUGGCACCAGAUACAUUAAAUAAUUCAAGUACAGAUAGAGAAGGUACAUCAAGUAAUAGUGAGCAAAACAGAUCAAGAAAUUAUACAAAUGAAGUAGAAGAAGAAUUAAAGUAUGAAGCAGCAAAUGGUAUUAAAUUACUUGUGCCUGUAUCUCUUUGUAUGUUAGUUGUAAUUGCCACAAUUAGUUCUAUAAAUUCUUACACAACCAAAGGACAUUAUGUAAUUUACACUCCAUUUCAUGAAGAGAAUUCUGACACAAGUACCAAAGUUUGGCAAGCAAUUGUCAACUCUUUGAUACUUAUGGUUGUCAUUGUAAUUAUGACUGUGUUACUUAUUAUCCUAUACAAAUACAAAUUUUACAAAGUAAUCAAUGCAUGGUUGAUAAUAAGUUCCUUAAUGUUGCUAUCUGUGGUUUCUAUAGUAUAUUGCGAACGAAUAUUAAAAGCAUACAACAUACCAAUGGACCUGUUCACAUUAGGCUUAGUUUCAUGGAAUUUUGGAGUGGUUGGAAUGAUAUGUAUACAUUGGCAAGGUCCUCUACAAUUACAACAAGCAUAUCUUAUUUUUAUCUCUGCUCUAAUGGCACUUAAUCUUAUUAAGUAUCUGCCAGAAUGGACAUCAUGGGUUCUACUAGGUGUCAUCAGUAUUUGGGAUCUGAUUGCUGUGUUAACAUCAAAGGGACCCCUAAGAAUACUUGUUGAAACUGCUCAAGAGCGGAAUGAAUUUAUUUUUCCUGCAAUGAUUUAUUCUUCCUCAAUCAUGUACACAGCCAUGAUGACUUAUGCUGGCCAUGUACAAACAACGACUACCAGCGAUACUGCUACUAGUGAAAAUAUGACAUAUCGUAUGCGUAAGCACGCUGAUAAUCAAAAUAAUUCUAUAUCUGGAGAUACAAAAGAAGCUGGAUUUAUGCCUGAAUGGAUAGAUACAUACAGCGAUCGAGGAGCCAUGCGGACCAAAAAGAUGCGCGAACACCCCUUGUCGCUAACAGAAAAAUCAAGUCGACAAGAUAAUCGUGUAGGAUAUGAAUCACGAGGACAAGUUGCAUUUACUGAAGUGCAAGAAGGAGUAAAGUUAGGUCUCGGUGAUUUUAUAUUUUAUAGCAUUUUAGUUGGAAAAGCUUCAAGUGAUGGUGAUUGGAAUACGACAUUGGCUUGCUCCGUUGCGAUUCUUAUCGGCCUUUGCUUGACAUUAUUGUUACUGGCUGUAUUCAAUAAAGCAUUGCCCGCUUUACCGAUCUCUAUUACGUUUGGUGUAAUGUUUUAUUUCGUCACCAGAGUAAUCGUUGCGCCGUUUUCGGAUAAUUUAGCAAGCGGGCAAGUGUUCAUUUAA